AUGCCCAAGGCGUACACCUUGUCGUCACUGGACGCGUUCACGCGGUACCGCGCCCUGAACGUCCAGGCCGGCACCACGUUCUGCGACACGGCGUUCGAGGCCGAGGUCGCCAGCGGGCGCCUGAGCGGCGGGACGCUGGACAAGUACGCCUGCGUCGCCCUGGCAGGCGUCGUGACUGAGUACCUGAGGUUUGGCCAGGCGGAGGGCGGCGUCGGUGACGUGGCGCAGCUGGACCGCCUCAUGCGCGCCCUCAGCGACGAGGUUGCUGCCGCCAUGUCAGCAGGCGUCAGCGUCGGCGGCUGCGUGGCCGUGAUAGAGCGCGCGCUGGCCGGCAACACAGAGGACAUUUUGAGCUCGGAGGAGGCGGCGGCGGGAGGGGCGGCGGCGUUCAUCAGCAGCGGCACCAGCAGCGGCGGCACCAGCGCGCAGGGCUCGCAGCAGGAGGCGUAG